AUGGCCAGUGAACAGUUUCCCGGUCUGCCGGAGCGACAGCAGGCUAUCAAAGUUGUGGAGGCCGGGUCCGUUCGUUUGGAAUCCGGUGUGCCUCUGCCACUUCUCCGUGAUGAGGAUGUCCUCGUCCGUGUGCAUUGCGUUGCACUGAACCCAUUCGAUUGGUAUCGUUGAGUCUAGCAUUCUGGUUCCCGACAAUGCUUUCUUGAGACCUAACUUUUAUUCUGUGACAGGAAAUCGUUAGACAUGUCCCCAGCUCCAGGAUCAACCUUUGGUUGCGAUGUUGCGGGCGAAGUUGUCGCCAUUGGCAGCAAAUGCUGCAGCAAUAUCAAGGUCGGCGAUCGAGUAUUCGGUCCCGUCAAAGGCAACGCUUCGGAUGCCCCCGGAAAUGGUGGCUUCGCUGAGUAUGCUGCCAUCCGCGACAUAGUGGCAUGGAACGUCCCUGAGAACAUGCAACUUGAGCAAGCAGCAGCGCUUGGUAUGCCGCUGAUGACCGUGGGCCUUGCGCUGCACCAUAUGCUGAAGGUUCCGCUUCCUUCGCAUCCCUCAGAAAGGGCUGGCACAGGAGAAUAUGUCUUCAUCUAUGGAGGCGGAACGGCCACCGGCACUAUGGCUGUCCAAUUUGCUGCCCUGUAAGCCAAAAGGAUUGUUCAGGUCUCCCACAUUUGCUGACAUGUUGGGCAGCUCAGGAAUGCUACCUGUAGUCGCGAGCUCUCCACGGCACUUUUCUCGCUUGAAAUCGCUAGGCGCAGUUGCAUGCUUCGACUACCACCUUGCGACAGUCGCAGACGACAUUCGAGACUUCACCCGGAACGAGCUGAGAAUAGCACUCGAUUGCAUAACUGACAGCGCGAGCAUGAGCAUAUGCUACCAGGCUCUAGGAAGUGAUGGCGGUCGGUAUUUGGGCCUUGAUCAGUUUCCCAUACGCUCCCAUACACGAAGAGAUGUGCGACCAGACUGGAUAGUGGCAUGGACUGUGAGUGGAGAGGCGAUAAAGUGGAAGCGGCCAUACGCCCGAGGUCCGCGGCCGAAGCACAAGGAAUUUGGCCAGAAAUGGAAUCCUAUCGCGCAAGGCGUCUUGGACGCGGGGCUGCUUCGAAGCCAUCCACUCGAUGUGCGAAGCGGGGGGUUGGCAGCUGUCCCGAGAGGUAUCGAUGAGCUGCGCAAAGGGUUGACGGACGGCAGAAAGCUGGUGUAUCCAAUUCUUUAG